UCUUUACUUCGAAAUUCGAACUCUGGUGUUGCACCAAUACAGUUCCCCGGGUCAUCUCGUAGCUACAGUACGCUACUUCGGAGCUAUUUCUUCUUAUAGCAAGCGGACGGUGUCAGAUAUGCAGUACUGCAGCACGCGUGGCGGUGUCCAGGGUUGGGACUUUCAGGAUGUUUUGUUAUCGGGAUAUGCACCAGACGGGGGGAUGUUCAUGCCUGAGACCCUCCCCACCCUGACCCCUGAUACCCUGAGGUCCUGGAGCUCCCUGUCCUACCCACAGCUAGUGACAGAGGUCUGCUCCCUGUUCAUCCCUAUAGAGCUGAUCCCUCGAGCAGACCUAGACGGCCUGGUGAGUGUGGCCCUGUCUGGGUUCGCCGUGCCUGGGGUGGUGAGCUUGGCCAGGCUGAAGGGUGGGCUGUGUGUGCUGGAACUCUUCCACGGUGAGACCCUGGCCUUCAAGGACCUGGCAAUGACCUGCACCGUGCGCUUCCUCGACUACUUCCUGCGCAAGGAAAGCCGGCGCGCCAUCGUAUUAGUGGGCACAUCUGGGGACACGGGUGGUUCAGCCAUCCAAAGUGCGAGAGGCCUUGGUGGGGUAGACGUGGUAGUGGUGUACCCCCGGGGCCGCAUAACUCUUGUGCAGGAGAAACAGAUGAUCACCUGCCUGGAGGACAAUAUCCAUGUGUUUGCAGCGGAUGGCAGUUCUGAUGACAUCGACGUGCCCAUCCGUCGACUGUUUUCAGACCAGGAGCUGGUGAAACAACACAGCCUGAUGAGUCUCAACUCAGUCAACUGGUCUCGUGUCAUGGUGCAGCUGGCACACUUCAUUUAUGCCUACCUGCAUGUGAGUGGGCUGGAGCAGGCAGAGACGGGGGCACCCCUACCCGCCUUGGAGAUGGUAGUGCCCACAGGGGGGGCGGGGAAUAUCGCCGCCGGCUGCAUUGUGAAGCAGAUGGGGAUACCGCUGUGCCUCGUUGCCAUGACGAACGCUAAUGACAUAGUGCACAGGACUGUGCAGAGUGGGGACUUUUCCAUGGCAACCAAUGUCACGCAGACCAUGGCCCCGGCUAUAGACAUUCAGGACCCCUAUAACAUGGAGCGUGUGUUCUGGCUGCUGUCUGGUAGAGAUGGAGCCCUGGUAAAGGGCAUGAUGGAGGAGUUUCAGCACUCUCACAGACACACUCUGCCUGAAGCUCUCCACAAACAGUUGUCUCAGGUCCUCACAGCAGGUGCAGUAAGAGAUGAGGGGAUAGUGGAGACCAUGCAGAGAUGCUGGAAGGAGAACCAGUAUCUACUAUGUCCCCACACUGCAGUGGCUGUGUGGCAUCACUACCAUUAUCCCCCAACUGCAGGGGUCAACAGGUGUUGCAUAGCAACAGCCUCUCCGGCCAAGUUCCAGGCGGCGGUGCAGAAGGCAGGGCUGACCCUUGACCUCCCUGAGGCAGUGCGGGCUCUGGACAAGAUGUCCACUCGCUACCUGGCCCUGGAGCGGGGCCAAGACUGGGGCAAGGACUGGGAGUGCAUGCUGAAGCAACACAUCCAGGCUAUAGGCUCAGCCAGGCAACGUGGAGUGGCCUACUACUCAACUGUGGAGUGUAACUAGUUAUUUAAGAAAUUAGGCUUAUGGAUGCACACUGAUAAUUCAGAUGGAACUGUUAACUGGCAUUUGCCAUGGAUUAUCAUAAAUAACAAACACAUAUUAACUGAUGAGAUUGUUUUAUAAAGUGGAUAAUAGACAACUUACUGCUAAUACCAGCAAUAAUAUGCCCACAGUUAGAUGUUUUAUGUACUGUCUUGAAGAGAUCAGUUUUAUAUGAUCAGAUAUUGUUACAGUAUAAGAAGAUUUUUUAUUGUAUACGUUUGAUCAGAAUUCAGAUGAAAUGGUGUAAUUGCCAAAUGGUGUGUUUUGCAAUCAAACUUCUGCACAAUUUAUUGUCUGACCAUAAAAGUUGCAGAGGCAAUCAUGUGUGCAGGAGUAAUUACAGUAAAUGAUUAGAACGGAGCUAUGACGCCAGCAGCAUACCACCCUGCAUACCACUGCUGGCUUGCUUCUGAAGCUAAGCAGGGUUGCUCCUGGUCAGUCCCUGGAUGGUAGACCAGAUGCUGCUGAAAGUGGUGUUGGAGGGUCAGUAGGAGGCACUCUUUCCUCUGGUCUAAAAAAAAAUAUCCCAAUUCCCUGUGUAGGUUGCUGUCUUUCGGAUGGGAACUUAAACGGGUGUCCUGACUCUCUGAGGUCAUUAAAAGACCCCAUGGCACUUAUUGUAAGAGUAGGGGUGUCCUGGCUAAAUUCCCAAUCUGACCCUCAAACCAUCACGGUCACCUAAUAAUCCCCAGUUUUCAAUGGGCUCCUCUCCCCUGUAACUAUUCCCCAGGUCGUUGCUGCAAAUGAGAAUGUGUUCACAGUCAACUUACCUGGUAAAAUAACAGAUAAAUAAAAAUGAUUAGGUUUUUAUUCCCAUCACUACAUGUAAGAGAGACAGUGUGGUGGUGGGCAUGAUCCCUGUCAAUAUUGCCUUAAGAAAUUUCCUGUGUACCAUAGGCUUUAACAUUCACUUCAGAAGACAUAGGACUGUAGGUUUAUAUGGGUCACAUGGGUUUCUCUCACAAGCUGUCGGUUUGUAUCUUUGGAUAAGACCUUUUACAGCCCGAACUCCUGAUAUAUUGUACUGUCAGGCAGCUGAGAGGGACUUUGGUCUCAUAAAGAUGAUGUCAGAGGUU